CUUCCCUCUGUUUUAGUGGCAAGCCCUCUGAUGUAGACCCUGGCUGCAGGGAGCUGGGCUCUGUGCUGGCCUUGCCACUGCGCUGCGGAGUGUUUCUAAGUUAGUGGAUUGUCAUCUGCAGCCCCUUCUUCACCAAACCAGAUGGAUUGUCGGUAGGCGUGAUGUGCAGCGGUGCUGGCUUGGUGUGAGGGAGGUUCAGAGGCCCCCUCUAUGCUACUCCAUGUGCCUCUCUGGACGGACAGCAAGACGGUGGUCCUGCACAACCCUACCCCGCUGCCCGUGGCCUGUCGGAUCCGUGGGCUGGAAGGCCUUGGGGAGGGCUUCUCAGUGUCGCAGGAUGCAGGCAUCAUUGGUCCCUGCUCAGAGUAUGGCAUGCGUUUGUGUUUCGAGGCCACAAAGGUUGACAGCAUUAAGAAGACAUUCCAAGUAGAGGUUUCAGAUGCAGAAAAACUCCUGGGCAUUGUUCGGGUUGAAAGUAUCCAAGUCUUUGCGGAGGCCUAUGACAUUGGUCUGGACAUCAACGUUUCUGCAGGUAGAGGUUAUGUGGAUUUUGGAGCCCUUAAAAUCCUGGGUGAGGCAAAGCAAGUGCUGACUCUGAAGAACAGAGGGAAGUACGAGAUCGUGUACAGGCCGUGAAGCCAGGCUGCCCCUCCACAUCAAAGCGGAGGGCAUAGGGCCCCGGCUCCGCUUCAGCUUCGAGCAGCUGGACAUUGGGAAUGUUUUUGCUGGAUCAGCCCACAGCUAUGAGGUGAUCCUGUUUAACAAAGGAGCCAUCGAUGCUCCCUUCAGCUUGAUACCUCCAAGUACAGCUCUGGGCUCCUGCUUCACCUUUCUCCCCUGGAAGGGCAUUAUUUCAUCAGAUGGGCUCCAGGUCAUCAAGAUCUCCUUCAGUUCCACCAUCCUGGGGAAAUUCACAGAAGAAUUCAGGUUCAGGGUGAAUGGAUCCUCUGAGCCUGUGACUUUGGCUAUCAGGUGAGGAGGGAUAGAGGAUCUCUUUGGGCACAUUUGUAGCCGCCUCUGGGUAAUCAUCUCCCACCUACCUCAUUUUGUGAUGCAGCAGAGGGAAAAAAAAGGUGUUGUCUAAAGUCUUAGUGUGGGGUUGCUAGGAUCAAGAUGAAGACAAAGCCAAGGCUUUUUAACCUUGACUCCAGUUUGAAUCCUGCAAUUCCAGCAGCAAAUGAAGUGCGGUUCUCUACAAGGGGAAGUGACUGUGCCUCUGAUGCUCUCAAUACCCGGCGCAGCUCUAAAAGCCUUGAGUCCUUGUGGGAAGCAGCUCUGCCUUCAUGGUUGGUGGCUCUGUAAUUUUCCAGGAUGCCGUGUGCACGGAAUUUGGCAGCAGUGGGUUCUUGCUGUGACCCUUUGCUACCACUGUGUGAGAAGCCCAGGGCUUUAAGUGAUUUCCAUGAUGGAAAAGAGUUUGCCUGAAGGCUGCAGGGGAAAGUUGUGGGAUUGCCUGCCGCCCAGCCUGGGCUCCCAGGACCUGGAGUGAUUCCUUCCUACAGGGAGCUCUUUGCCCGUGGGCCCUGGCAGACAGUGUGAUGGUAUCAGCUCUGGGCAGCGAUGGUCAGAGACGUCCCACCUGAACACACAGCAAGGCCAGCAGGGCCUGGGAGGUGGCUGAAGGCUGGGGCAGCCUGGGGCGAGUCUGCAGCCGGAAGCAGUGUUUUUAAAAUCCUCUGUGAAUAAUCCAUACAAAAUGGGCGGCAGCAGCAGCCUCAGCUUCAUCUCUGGUGCUAAUGUGUUGGGAGAAGCUGUCCUCCCAGCGCCUGCGCAGGGAGAGCUCCGGUGCCUCCUUUCUGCAGGCAGAAAAGCGCUGGUGCGGGAGUUGGGAAGCCCAGCAGCAAAUGCUGUCCCGAGGACUUGGGCAUCGUGCCAUGGGCUGGUGCCACUGCAAAGAUAACCCUCACCAAGCAAAAGGGAGGAGGGGGAAAGAAAAACUGAUGAUCGGAGAGGCAAAGCUCCCUUCUCGGGAUCCCAGCAGCCUGCAAGCUUGUCCCAGCCAGUCUUAAGCGUGGGCUGGGGGAUAACAUGGUGUUGGCAGGAAAGCUGAUGCUGAGUGCCCUGGAGCUGUGGGGCUGCCUGUGCGUCCUCAGCAUCCGGGCUGCUGGGCUGCUGCUGUUGGGAGGCGCUAGAUCAAAACAGUAAAGAAAUUAAGGGAAUCCAUGGUUGAUAUUACCAACAGCUAAGGGAAAUGGAUAAAAGAACAGCGUGGUUAAUACUUUGCAAGAGAGGAGUGGUGAGAGGGGCAGUUGACCUCAGUAGAGAGACAAUUAUGUUGGCUUUGUGUUUGGAGGGCAAAGGCUGCUAUUUUUGGAGAUCAGGAAGGAACAUUUCACAAUCAAAUAAUUUGAUCUCCUCUGUCCCUGCCCCAAAAUUGGUCACAGGAUGUUAUUGCGUAAGCAGCUUUCUUCUUGUAGGAGGGCGGCUUUUGCUUGUAAAGAUGUGCUGAUGACAGGUGAAACAGAGUUUUUCCUGGAUAGUGCCACUGCCUCUGCCCCGCGAUGGCCUUGCUCCUGAGGAAGGAAAGAGCUGGCAGCGGGACAGUGGUCUUUUCAUUUCCCCAUUACCAAAUGAAGUUAUCCUUUUUUCCCUAUCAGUGCCCUGGCUCCCAGUGCCCACCACGUCCUCCCCUUCCCUGUGGCCACUCUCUACGCUGUUGUGUCAGCACAACCCGUUCUGUCUCGUGAGUGCAGAGCGUAUGUCUCAGUGAAAGGGGAUUGGUGUUACUUUGUUGAAUUUCAUCCUCAGCCGUGUACUCCC